AUGGACUUCUCCAAUAUCUUUCGCUUGGUCAACCUGACCGUCGGGGCUAUCAUGGUCCUGGGCGGUAUCAGCCAGUUUUUCCCGCCAACCAUAAGCAGUGUUGUCGUCGGUGUAUAUGUGAUUCUGUUCGGUUUGGCCGUUGCUGCCCUUGAAUUCGUCCCACAACCGCCAUCUAAUCUCUCGCGUUACGCAUCCUUCCUCUUCUCCUUCCUCGGCCGGGGUAUCUUUUACAUAUUCGUCGGCUGCAUACUCCUCGAGGGAAAAGUCCUACGCAUCAUUGCCGGUACCAUUGUUGGUGUUGUCGGUCUCGGAUACGUUGGCUUGGAAUUCGUGCCGUCGAUAGAACCGCCGGCCACCAUGCGCGAGGCGGAUAGCACGUGGGGAUCUGAACAGGUUUAAAGGCAAAAGCAAGGCAGACCAUCUGUUUGAAGAGACGAAAAUGAAGGAAGGUAUGAAAGGAGAAAUACUUUUGACGGUGCUCGAUCAUGCGUGCGCGCGUGCGCUCGCAAACCCUAUCGAUGAUGAGACAUGUAUUCUCACGUUUCUGUGCCUGCGGGUGGGUAGUGUUUAUGUGUUCAAGGGGGGUAGGGGUGACGAUUCAAUCUUUUUGGGCGCGCCCCCAAGCGACAUUCCAAUAUUUUUAUGUUUAAUAUACACCUAUAUAUUCACAUUCUAUCUGUCUAUCUAGUUACCGUUUUCCGGCUUUUAUUAUUUUCAAGAUAUCGCUUUUGACAUGAACCCAGCAAACCAUACCCAGCAUGUAUAUUUUCUUCGUGUUCGAGCUGCAACUCGCGUUAUAAGCUUGACAUUCACACAUAUGUACAGUACAUCUAGGCUACAAUUUAUCCCCAGUUUAAAUC